GGGGGGCAUGGGGGAGAGGGAGAGGAUUCUGAUAGCGCCACACGUGCAGUAGGAGACUGCUAUUUAUCUGCCUGAACUCGCCUUACAUCACGUGACAAACCCAUGCGACGUAGCCGCGAGGAACCACUGACCGUGACCAUAGGUUGACCUUGUCUGCCAGGCGGGGUGCAGCCUGGCUCCGAAUUGCACCUCCUAAAAUGCUGCGCUGCGCUGUACACCCCCCACACAGCAGGGCGGCUACGCGGGCAGUGAGGGAGGUGACAGCGGAUACGAGGAGGACGACGAGGACGGCGAGGGCGGCUCGCAUGGCGGUACCUUUGGGGGCUUCUUCCCCUUACCCGGCGGUCCCGGAGCUGCAGGCGGCGCCGGUGGGUACUUCCCCGGCGAGCAGCAGCAGCCGCCGGUGGUGCAGCGACCCAAGGGUCACGGGGCGGCGGGGGCGGCGGGGCACGACUGGGGCAGCCCGGCCGCUGCUCGGGCUGUAGAGCAGCUGCUGGCCAUGGGGGCGCAGGUGUUCCCCCCCGGUUCCAAGGAGCAGAUGGACUGGGGCGUGCUGGCAGGCUACGAGGAGCAGAAGCGCACCAUUGAGGACUGCCUGCUGCUGCCGCUGCUGCGACCCGACGUGUACGCCAAGCUGGCUCGGGCCACCCGAAAGACCUUUGCAAACAACCGCCCGCGUGCGGUGCUGUUCGAGGGGCCGCCGGGCACCGGCAAGACCACCAGCGCGCGCGUCAUCAGCAGCCAGGCCGCCGUGCCGCUGAUCUACCUGCCGCUGGAGGCGGUGCUGUCCAAGUGGUACGGCCAGAGCGAGCAGCAGCUGGGCGCGGUGUUCAAGGCGGCGGAGGCGAUGGGGGGAGCCAUCAUCUUCCUGGAUGAGCUGGAUGCGCUGGGGGGUAACAGGGAGGCUGGCGGCAUGCAUGAGGCCAGUCGGCGGCUGCUCAGUGUGCUGCUGCGGGAGAUGGAGGGAUUCGACUCCGAAACCAAGCGAACCGUUGUGAUCGGCGCCACCAACCGCAAAACGGAUCUGGAUCCAGCGCUGCUGUCGCGGUUUGACUUGGUGUUGACUUUCGGCCUGCCAGAUACAGCAUGCAGGCAGCUCAUCCUGAAGCAGUACGCGCAGCAGCUGAGCGAUGCGGAUCUGGCGCUGCUGGCGGAGCGCACCCCGGGCAUGAGCGGCCGGGACCUGCGGGACGUGUGCGAACACACGGAGCGGCGCUGGGCAUCCAAGAUUAUUCGCGGCGAGGUGAAGGAGGAGGCGCUGCCGCCCCUGUCCGAGUACCUGGCUUCAGCGGAGGAGCGGGCCACUGCCGUACAGAAGGUGCAGCAGCAGGCGGCGGCGGCGGGGGCGGUGAGCAGACUGCUUGGGGCGGUGGGAGGAGGAGGAGGGAAUGCUGGUGGUGGCGCGGGAGGGGCGGGUAGCAGGUGGUGGUGAGGCUGUAGUAGUGGAGGGGAGGGAGUGUUGAUGGUGUGGCCCAAUGCAGUGGUGGAAUCAGGGAGGGCUGGUCAGCCGCGAUGCUAGGAGGUUGGGCGUGGACGUGAUUGGUUUGCGGUGGACAGGUUGGUGGUGUGUUGUUGUGUGGGGAGGUGAUGGUUGAUGGGUGAUGAAUCGGCAAGGGCUGGAGGGAACUCUGAGGUGCGAAAUGGUUGGCAAGAUAACAGGCGGGUGCAAAUUGAAGGGAGGAGGUGCCAUUUGCGUUCUGCUAUUAGCGAUGCCAGGUGCAACUUUUGGCAGUGCUAAACCUUGGCGUGACCGGUGUAGGUGGUGUAAAUGCAUGGUGGGGUAUCGCUGCGAGGGGCAAGAACAGAAACGAGUUCGUUGAAGUGAGCCUGUGGCUCUACAAACAUGCCCUCCCCUUCCACCUCUCCUCCACCGUUUUCCCCAAGCAAAAAAAGCC